AUGGCUCGCGUGGGGGUUGACGGGAUGCCAGAGACGGCCGUCGGAGGAGGAGGAGGAGUGAUGCUGAACCGGCGGAGGAGCAAAGCCAGACGGAAGAAGCGAAAGGAGUUGUUCGGCGUCCAGAUGUGCUUCACGGGGGUGGUGCUGGGGCUGGUCGCGGGGCUCCAGUGUGUGUCUCAGAGAGCAGGAUAUCAUGCUUCCAGAGAUGUGGACCUGGAGGAGGCAAGGUGGGACAGUCGUCACCUUCUACAAGAAGUCUUUGACAAUGAGUCAAAGCUCUAUUCUGAGCCUGAGAAAAACUGCACUGAACCAGCAAUCCACGAGUUCCCCAGGGAUUACUUCACCUUCCAGGAGCGAGCUGAGGGAGCAGUUGGCCUGCAUGUCCUCUGUGCAGUCUACAUGUUCUAUGCCCUUGCCCUGGUGUGUGAUGACUACUUUGUCCCUUCACUAGAGAAGUUAUGUGAGCGUCUUCAGCUUAGUGAGGAUGUUGCAGGAGCUACCUUCAUGGCAGCAGGCAGUUCAGCUCCUGAACUGUUCACCUCUGUCAUUGGAGUAUUCAUCACUAAAGGUGAUGUCGGGGUUGGCACCAUCGUUGGCUCAGCUGUCUUCAACAUCCUUUGCAUUAUUGGAGUGUGUGGAAUAUUCACUGCUAAGACGAUUCAUCUGUCCCGCUGGCCUCUGCUCAGAGACUCUGCUUACUACACCCUGUCUAUCUCUGCUCUCAUAGUGUUCAUAUAUGACGAAAAAGUGGUUUGGUGGGAAGCUCUGACGCUUUUUCUGAUGUAUCUCGUCUACAUUUUGAUCAUGAAGAUGAAUUCCCACGUUGUUCAUUUUCUGGAGAGGAGGAAGAAGAACUCGUCCAGUUUGAGGAAUGGAGCUGCCAGUAAUGCUGAAUUAGAUGAUGGCUGUGAUGCUACAGCAGUCCUGUUGAAAAAAGCAAACCACCACAGGAAGCCAUCGGUGCUUAUGGUGGAUGAGCUGCUGUCAGCUUACCCCCAUCAGUUGUCCUUCUCUGAGGCCGGCAUGAGGAUCAUGAUCACCAGCCACUUCUCCCCCAGAACUCGACUCACCAUGGCCUCACGAAUGCUCAUCACAGAGAGGCAGCGUUUAAUCAACACACGGACUUUGACCAAUGGUGACUCAGACGUUCCGGUGAAAGGAGGAAGUAGGCGGGGCAUAGAAAACGGGCUGUCUGGGGCAGAGAAAGGUGUCAAAGUUCGCCAUGAUGACCGUGAAGCGGGCAAUGAGACGGAGAAUGAAGACAAUGAAAACAACGAGAAUGAUGAAGAGGAAGAAGAGGAGGAGAGGGAGGGACCCUUUGUUCCUUUCCAGUGCCCAGCGGGAAUGUGUAACAAGCUGAAGUGGCUGCUGGCCUGGCCUCUGUGCCUGCUACUCUACUUCACCAUCCCCAACUGCUCCUUGCCUCGCUGGGAGAAGUGCUUCAUGCUGUCCUUCUUCUUCUCCACCUUAUGGAUUGCUGGAUUCUCCUACAUCAUGGUCUGGAUGGUGACAGUUAUUGGCUUCACCCUCGGGAUUCCAGACGUCAUCAUGGGCAUCACCUUCUUGGCAGCUGGCACCAGCGUACCUGACUGCAUGGCCAGCCUCAUAGUGGCAAGACAAGGAAUGGGAGACAUGGCAGUUUCCAACUCCAUUGGCAGUAACGUAUUUGACAUCUUGGUGGGGCUUGGUCUCCCCUGGUCCCUGAAGACCCUUGCUAUCAACUACGGCUCCGAUAUCAAACUGAACAGCAAAGGAUUGAUCUUCUCUGUGGGGCUCCUUUUGGCGUCUGUGUUUAUCACAGUCCUUGGAGUUCACUUAAAUAAGUGGACGUUGGACAAGCGUUUUGGUUUCAUUUGUCUCCUCCUCUACUCUGUCUUCCUGUGUUUCUCCUGCCUCAUCGAGUACAACAUCUUCACCUUUGUCAACCUGCCAACUUGCCGGGAUGACUGA